AAAAAGACGAGCCCAGUACUGCUCCUUUAAAACCCGAUGAAGAUGAAGAAGAAGAAGAAGAAAGCCGCUCGAUUCCUUCAAAUUCCGACUCCAAUCGCUAAGCGGAGCUCCGUAACUAUGGAACCCACAAACCCAUAACCAUUUCUCUCCCAAGAACAAUCUCCAUUUGAUCGUUCUCUGAGUUUUCUUCCACUUUCAGAUUAAGGAUUUCGCGAGUGCGUCGUUGGAUUGAUGUUCGAAACUUAUUUUUCUGAAUAGGGUCGGGUUUGUUAGCGUGAUAUUCUGAUUUCUGAGUUGUGCAUCUUUGAAUUGAAUCGGUUCCGAACUUAUGUCUUUGGAGUUUGAUUUCUGCGUCGUCUUUUUGCCAUGGAAAUGUUGGUGAUUAUGGAACAGUACAGAGAUGAGUUCUGCUCUCGGGUCAUAACUCUAGAACCGGCUCGAUUUGGGAAUCCGCCGAUUAAAGAGGCGAGAGGGAAAAAAAAUCGAUUCAGUUUCCGCCCUACUCCAUUGGAGAUUUCUUCAAUUCCUGUUCAUCGUGUUUCUUCCGCCGAUUUUAACAACCCACCCAUUUCAACAACUGCAAGAACUGCUCCGAUUCCAAUCAAUCCCCCAGUUUGUGUUAGCGAUAGCAUCGAUCUCGAUGAACAAUCCUGUUAUAAUUACAAGAGUUUAUCAUUUCCUGAGCUUUGGGCUGGACCUACAUACUCAAAUUCCCCCCCUGCAAGUUCAUUACCAAUCCCCAAAUUUUCAAUCCGACAAACAAGAACUGUGUCACUGGAAUUGCCCCCCGAUUCAGCUGCUGAAUCGGUUAAAAUUCACCCUAUUGUGAAGUCUGCACCACCAUCCCCAACUCGGGGCCAUAAGAAUCAUCAUAUUAAUCAUCACCCUUCUACCAGAGAGCCAUUCCAUGGUGCUGAUUCUGCAACAAGAACACUUAGACGAAUCCUUAACCUUGCUAUUGACUCUGAAUGAAUGAUCACUGAUGCUUCAGUGAGCAUCAAGCUCACUUUUAUGUGUAGGGCUUUCUUUUUACUGUAAAUAUAGAAGUUUGAUUCUGUUUUGGAUUUCAGAAGUGGGAUUUGCUUCUCAGCUUUUGUUCAAUCUCAAGCUUCUCAAAACUGUGAAUGGUUGCUUAGAUUGGAGACUUGUUUGAAGAAUACACUGGACAAGAAGAGAGACAGAGAGUGGAAUGUAGGUUCUGAAUCUGUAUCUUCUCACUUAACCUUGUUGUUCAUCAUACACUUUUAGAGCUCUGAUAUAGUUUUGUAAACUUAGAUUCUACGUAAAUGUCUAAAUGAAAUGUUGCGUAUGUUCCCAAUUCGACAUUUUCGAAAGAAUUUGAGGUUUCUUGUUUUUAGUUCUUUCAA